AUGUUGUUAAAUGAUAUCCUUCACAAGUUAGUGGCUUCAAGUAACAGAACAGCCCUGUCCUUGACAAAUAUUCUCUAUGGACAGCUGGCACGACGUGACAAGGAGAGAAGGGAAAUAAGACGAAGGGAAAUAAGACAGAGGUGGGUCUGGGGCUCCAUUCCUUGGCGCAUACUCUUAGAGCAGUUCCAGCAGCCCCCUAGGGCUCGGGCUGCGGGAGGAAGAGAGCCCAAAACGAACUUCCAGCAAGGAAGGCUGGCCCGGGCAGAGUGGGGUCCACGUGCCUGGGCUGGCUUGAAGGCGGAGGGAGCCCGAGUGCGCGGCUGA